AUGACCUUCAUGAACGCCUUCCUGGAGCAGAACUGGGCCACCAUGACCGAGUUCCUGCAGGCCGUGGCCACCCCAGAGGCCAGCGCCCACAUGGCCACCUACGAGGGCUACGUGGACCUGGCCCUGGAGCUCGCCACGCUCCACCUGCUGCUCUGUGACAUCUUCUCCAGCCUCGACCAGGCCACGCAGGAGGAGCUGGAGCCGCUGCCCACCAUCCUCAGGGCCAUCAGGGAGGGGACACCUGUCCCCGUGUCUGUCCGCCUCAGCUCCACCGCCAGGGGAAG